UGUCACACUUCCACACUACCAGCCAAGAGAUUGCAGAAACUUUGGCGUUUCUCAAUGUCUGUUUUCUAAGUAGCAAAAGACGCAGAGAGUUGCGAUGUUUCUGGAGUAACGGGAUCCAGGCAGAGCCCAAUGGCGGCGCCGGAGCUGUACUCGAAGUUUGCUCGAGUCUGGAUCCCAGACACCACAGAGGUGUGGAGAUCAGCAGAGCUCACCAAAGACUACAAGCCCGGAGACUCUGUCCUACACUUACAGCUGGAGGAUGAGACGGAGUUUGAGUACAAGUUGGAGCCAAAAAGUGGUGUUCUGCCUCCUCUUCGUAACCCGGACAUCCUGGUGGGCGAGAACGACCUCACGGCUCUCAGUUACCUCCAUGAACCAGCCGUUCUGCACAACCUCCGGGUCCGAUUCACUGACUCUAAACUCAUCUACACCUACUGUGGAAUCAUCCUGGUUGCCAUCAAUCCAUAUGAAAGUCUUCCAAUCUAUGGAUCGGAUAUCAUCAAUGCAUACAGUGGGCAGAACAUGGGUGAUAUGGACCCUCAUAUCUUUGCUGUGUCAGAGGAGGCCUAUAAACAGAUGGCCAGAGACGAGAAGAAUCAGUCCAUCAUCGUGAGCGGAGAAUCUGGUGCAGGGAAGACGGUUUCUGCUAAAUAUGCCAUGCGUUACUUCGCCACGGUCAGCGGCUCCUCUGCUGAGUCCAGCGUGGAGGAGAAAGUGCUGGCGUCCAGCCCCAUCAUGGAGGCUAUAGGAAACGCCAAGACGACGAGGAAUGACAACAGCAGUCGCUUUGGGAAGUACAUUGAGAUCGGAUUUGACAGGAAACACCACAUCGUUGGAGCCAACAUGAGGACGUACCUUCUGGAAAAGUCUAGAGUGGUGUUUCAGGCGUAUGAGGAGAGAAACUAUCACAUCUUCUAUCAGCUCUGUGCCUGUGCCCAUUUACCUCAAUUUGAACCUCUUAAAUUAGGUAGCGCUGAUGACUUUCCCUACACUAACCAAGGCAGAAGUCCAGUCAUCAAGGGAGUGAAUGACCUUAAGGAGAUGGAAGCCACAAGGAAAGCCUUUUCACUACUGGGAAUUACUGAGGCACACCAAAUGGGUUUAUUCCAAAUCCUGUCAGCCAUUCUUCAUCUGGGGAAUGUGGUGGUGAAGGAGAGAGGAUCAUCUAGUUGUUCUACCUCUGAUGAAAGCGGCCACCUUGCAGUGUUUUGUGACCUCACUGAGGUGUCGUACGAGUCCAUGGCUCACUGGUUGUGCCAUAAAAAACUCAAGACCGCCACAGAAACCCUAAACAAACCUGUUACCCAACUGGAAGCCAUAAAUGGCCGUGAUGCUCUUGCAAAACACAUAUACGCCAAGCUCUUCUCAUGGAUCGUCGGCCAGGUCAACAAGUCCCUAAGCACUUCCUCCAAACCGCACUCUUUCAUCGGUGUCCUAGACAUUUACGGGUGGGUGAGGUGCUAUUAUUUCAUCUUCGUUCUUUACCGAUUAAAUUUCGGUUACAGGAAAUUUACUGUUGUGCCCAGGUUUGAGACAUUCGAGGUGAACAGCUUCGAGCAGUUCUGCAUCAACUACGCCAACGAGAAGCUCCAACAGCAGUUUAACAUGCACGUGUUCAAACUGGAGCAGGAGGAGUACAUGAAGGAGCAGAUACCGUGGACGCUCAUUGAUUUCUACGACAACCAGCCGUGCAUCAACCUGAUCGAGGCUAAGAUGGGCUUGCUAGACCUUUUAGAUGAAGAAUGCACUAUGCCAAAGGGUUCAGAUGAAUCAUGGGCGCAAAAGCUGUACAACACUCACCUAAAGAAAAGCUCUCACUUUGAGAAGCCGCGCAUGUCUAACAGGGCCUUCAUCAUACUUCACUUUGCAGACAAGGUGGAAUACCAGUGUGAUGGAUUUCUGGAGAAAAAUAAAGACACAGUCAAUGAAGAACAAAUUAAUGUGCUGAAGGCUAGUAAGUUCGCCUUGCUGGUUGAGCUCUUUCAGGAUGAGGAAACACCUGCAGCUCUGAGCACCACAGCACCAUCGGGUCGUGCCAAGGUCGGGCGGUCCAUGCAGUCUUUUAGGGAGCACAAGAAGUCAGUGGGACUGCAGUUCCGGAACUCUCUGCACCUGCUUAUGGAAACACUGAACGGCACAACCCCACACUAUGUGCGCUGCAUCAAGCCAAAUGACGUUAAAGCCCCCUUCAUGAUGGACCCCCAUCGAGCCGUUCAGCAGCUCAGAGCCUGUGGAGUCCUAGAGACCAUUCGCAUCUCAGCUGCAGGCUUCCCUUCAAGGUGGACUUAUCAAGAGUUCUUCAGCCGCUACCGUGUUCUAAUGAGGCAGAAAGAAAUCCUCUCAGACAGGAAGUUGACCUGCCAGAGUGUUCUAGAAAGACUAGUGCAGAACAAAGAUAAAUACCAGUUUGGAAAAACAAAGAUCUUCUUCAGGGCUGGACAGGUGGCUUACCUGGAAAAGCUAAGGGCUGACAAACUCCGUACGGCCUGCAUCCACAUCCAAAAAACCAUCCGGUGCUGGCUCGCCCGCAAGAAAUACCUCCGUAUUCGCCAAGCGACCAUCACUUUGCAGAGAUACACGAGAGGACACCAGGCUCGAUGCUUGUGCAAGACACUGAGAAGAACACGGGCUGCAGUGAUCUUCCAGAAGUAUACACGCAUGUGGGCAGCCAGACGUCAGUUCCUGCGACAGAGAGAAGCAGCGGUUUUCAUUCAGAGGUUGCUGCGUGGCUAUGCGGCCAGGCUGGAGUACAAACGGUUGGUGUGUGAGCACAAGGCUUUACUGAUUCAGCGCUGGGUGCGGGGCUUCCUGGCCCGCUGGCGCUUCCGUCGAAUCAAGCGGGCUGUGGUGUGUCUGCAGUGUUCUGUGCGCAGGAUGCUGGCCCGUCGAGAGCUCAAGAAACUCAAGAUUGAAGCCAGAUCGGUUGAGCAUUAUAAGAAGCUCAACUUCGGCAUGGAGAACAAGAUCAUGCAGCUGCAGAGGAAACUGGAUGAGCAGCAUAAGGAGAACCGCGAGUUAUCUGAGCAACUGAGGCAAGUGGAGAGCUACAGUGCUGCCGAAUUGGAGAAGUUGCAUGUGCAGCUAAAGACUCUUGAAGAGGCAGAAGAGGAAUCUCGUCACCGCGGAGACCUGGUGACAUCAUUACAGGAGGAGCUGGAAUUGGUCCGCCAAGAGCUGGAGAAGAACAAAGAGUUGGUCGCUGAACUGAAUGAGAAGAACACACUGCUGAAGAGUGAGAAAGAUGAGAUGAACAGACUGAUCCAGGAACAGGAGCAGCAGAUAACAGAGAAGUCAGAGUCGGUCCAUGAGGAGGUCACAGAGCACCUUCAAGCACAGCUGAAUAAGGAACGCUUCAAUUACCAGAACCUUCUGACUGAGCACCUGAAGCUGGAGGAGCGCUACGCUGAUCUGAGAUCAGAAAAAGAGGCAGCUGUAGAGCUCUCCAAACCCGGUCAUAACCUAGCCGACUCGGGCUACGGCAGCAGCCAAUCAGAGAGCGUCCACAGCUCUGUACUCAUAGGGUCAGAGGUCAGCUCGCUCAACAGAGAGGAAGCUGGGCAGACGGCAGCUGAUGUUUCCCUGCUGCUGAAGCUACAGAGACGAGUCGCUGAGCUGGAGAAGGAGAAGAUAGACCUGCAGGGUGAGAUGGACAUCAAAGAAGAGCAGCUACAACUCGAACAAACUAAAGAACUGAACGAUUGCCAGAAAGUGCUAGGGGCUGAGAGAGACCAUGAGGCUCUAAAGCGCCAGGAGCUGGAGUCUGAUAAUAAGAAGCUGAAGAAAGAUCUUCAGGAGCUCCGCCAGUCCCUCAGUAAGGGGUCGGGGUCAAAGGUGGCAUCCCCUGGAGGUCAGGCAUAUAAAGUACUCCUGGAGCAGCUCAACUCCACCACUGAAGAGCUUGAAAUGCGAAAGGAGGAAGUGCUCAUUUUGCGAUCUCAACUGGUCAACCACGAAGCAUUUAAACAUAAGGAAACAGGAAUUGAAGGAGAUUCAGGUGACUCAAGCAGAUCGCCUACACUGGACCUUCAUGAGCUCAAUGAGGAUGGAGAACUCUGGAUGGCUUAUGAGAGCUUGAAGGAAACUAAUAGGAUUCUAGAGUCACAGUUGCAAACUCAGGGACAGUCCCAUGAGAAGGAGGUGGAGGGUUUGAGGGCGGAGCUUCAGCGAUACAGGGCGGAGCUUGAUCAGCAGCAGCAGAUGCUGUCGGACAGCUUGGAGCUUCCUCACGACGCUCGAAUACAAGCAAGCCUGCAGCACGAGAUCAGUCGCCUCACGCAGCAAAACAUGGACCUUUUGGAGCAGAUGGGGAAACAGGACAAAAUGGUCCGCAAACUAAAGAAACACCUGAAAAUUUACAUGAAAAAGUUUGGGGAGGCUGAGGGUGUUCAUAUGGAGCAGUCCUCUCCAGAGAACGUGGUUGGCGAGAGCGGUCGCACAAUCAGUAUCGUUCGCAAAGAGAGAGAUUUCCAGGGCAUGCUGGAGUACAGAAGAGAAGAUGAGAGCAAACUGUUCAAGAUACUCAUCACAGAGCUCAAACCCCGAGGUGUGGCGGUGAGUCUGGUCCCAGGUCUGCCUGCUUACAUUCUCUUCAUGUGUCUGAGACACGCAGACUACGCCAACGAUGAUCAGCGUGUCUCCACCCUGCUGAACUCCUCCAUCAACUGCAUAAAGAACGUGCUGAAGAAACGGGGAGAUUUUGAAAACAUUUCCUUCUGGUUGGCAAACACCUGUCGCUUGUUACACUGCCUGAGGCAGUACAGUGGAGAGGAGACAUACACAAAGCACAACACGCCCCGACAGAACGAACACUGUCUGACGAACUUUGACCUCUCUGAGUACCAGCAGGUUUUGAGCGACCUGGCUAUUCAGAUCUACCAGCAGCUCAUCAGGGUCAUAGAAAACAUUUUACACCCCAUGAUUGCCCCAGCCAUGUUGGAGCAGGAGACUAUUCAGGGUGUGAUGGGCGUGAAGCCCACAGGAAUGAGGAAGCGCACAACCAGUUUCCGUGAGGAGAACUCUCACUCCCUGGAGUCCAUUCUGAAGCAGCUGGAUAUGUUUUAUUACACGCUGCUUCAGCACGGCAACGACAUCAAUCUCGCCCGGCAGGUCAUCAAACAGCAGUUCUAUGUAAUCUGCUCUGUCACACUCAACCACUUACUGCUCCGCAAGGACAUGUGCUCCUGGAGCAAAGGCCUGCAGAUCAGGUAUAAUGUGUGUCAGCUGGAGGAAUGGUUGCUGGAUAAAGAUCUUCAGGGCAGUGGAGCGCGUGAGUCUUUGGAGCCUCUGAUUCAGGCGGCUCAGCUUCUGCAGAUCAAAAAGAAGAGUCAGGACGACGCAGACGCCAUCUGCACCAUGUGUACAGCUCUCACCACUGAACAGAUUGUUAAAAUCCUCAGCUUGUACACACCAGUGAAUGAGUUUGAGGAGAGAGUGACUAUAUCAUUCAUAAAGUCUGUACAGACUUUAUUAAAGGACCGUAAGGAGUCUUCUCAGUUACUGAUGGAUGCUAAGAUCAUUUUCCCAGUCACUUUCCCCUUCAACCCUUCACCGGUGGCCCUUGAGACCAUCCAGAUCCCUGGCAGCCUCAACCUGAACUUCCUGACACAAGUUUAAAAACCCAGCAGUGAUGUCAUCUUGAAACAGAUUGACUUGAAAAAUAAAGCCUUUAAUUAUA